AUGUUUGUUUCUGCAGGCCAGACUGGAGGGCUUCCAAAAUUCAGCAGGAUUGAGCAUAUACUGCUUGUGAAUAACUUGGUUUCCUUUUAUUACAGAAACUACGAGUGCUGGUACACAGAGCAUUUGAGAUCAUUUGAGCUGAUAUCCUCUGACAAUUUCUCAGUGCAUGAGGUGUCAGAGCUAAAAGACACAAUUUGUGCCGAGUUUCAGAGAAUAACAAACAUCAAUCUGAAGAACCACUUCUAUGCCAAGUUGGAUCAACAUGUCCCCCAUCUUCAGAGCUUGUUCAGGAAGAAAGCUGCACGCACAGGGAAAGUAGCUGUUCUGGAUCAGCUCUUCAGCACUUAUGACCGCCAGGAACAAGUUGAUGUCCAUGUCAGACGUGCUGCUGUCCUCCGUGGUCUCCCUGCAUAUCUGCAUGACGAUGACUCCAGGUUUCUUAAGCUGUGGGAUGAGGUGCAGUCUGAAGAACCAAACAUCAAUGACAUACCGGUUGGGCUCCUUCUGAUCACAGGCAAUUCAACAGAUGCCACAUUCUUCUGCCCAGAGAAGAUUGCUGUUGUGCUUGAGGGUAACAUAGUUGUCGAAUUCUCCACAUUGGCUGAAGCCUUUGUCAUGCUUUUUGCACUAAUUUACGCUCUGCAUUUGAGUUACCCAAAAGACUUGGCGAACACCUUUGACUUUACCCAGAAAGUCUUGAUGGGCUUGGAGGAUGGGAAACUGAAGCCCAGGGUGUUGAGCCUUAAAAACGAACUUUUGGCAGUGGAGUAAUCUCACUCUGAACAUAAGUUGCUCCUUGACUUUUCGUAUGCACAGGGACUACUGUCACUCCGGAAAUGUUUAAAAGCAAAACUAUGGAAAGUUUUGAGUGUUAUUGUUCAAGUUUUGAAAGCAUUACUGUUCAUCUUAAAAUGCCCUUGACUAAUUUUUAUAGAAUAAUGUUAAGAACUGCAGUCUUUUUGUACGGUGUAAGAGAGUUGUCAACCAUAUUUGGCCUUAUUGCCUAAACUGAUGUAGAUGCUUGUUUAUGACUGUUAUCUUCGAUGCC